AUUACUGAUAGCAAUAUCUAUGGACUUUAACCAUCAGCCGCACCUACUUUACAAUCUUCAAUGCUUGUAACAGAUUAUAUCUCUACUUCAUGAUAUAAUAUAAUAUAUAUACACACAAAAACCUUCAUUACUUGUCUUUCGGUGUGAAUAUGGCACUCCUUCAGGAUUACAGCACAGCUGUGUUGAUCUGGGUUUUGUUAAUUUUGCUUUUUUGUUCGCUAACUCAAGAAAUGAACCUUCAGGGCCAAAACCAUUGCCACUUCUAGGACAUCUGCUAAGGCUGGAUGUCAACAAACCAUAUUUGAGUCUCUGUGAGAUCCAAUAUUAGUGGUGCUUUUAAUCUCAGUUUCUCUGCAAAUCCAGCAUCGACUUGUGGCUUCUUUACAAAUGAAUCGGCAUUACACAAAAAGCUGUGUUUUGGAGUGAUGGAGUUGAUUUGUUUGACUCUGAUGAUUAUUAUUGGAAUCACAGAUUCAACAGCAGAUCAGUUUGCUGUUGUUGGACCUGUAGCUCCUCUCCUCGCUGUAUUUGGUGAAGAUGUGAUUCUGCCCUGUUCUCUUAAACCCAACAUCAGUGCUGUAAACAUGAGAGUCGAGUGGUUUAGACUUGAUCUCAAAGACUCAGUAGUUCAUCUCUAUGAAGAUCAUGAAGACAAAAACACAAAUCAGCUUCAGUCGUACAGAGGAAGAACUGAAGUGUUUAAAGAUGAACUACAGAAAGGAAACACAUCACUCAAACUAUCAAGAGUUCAGAUCUCUGAUGAAGGACUUUAUAAGUGUUUUAUUCAGUCCAAAACCAACUAUGACGACAUCACUGUUGAUCUCAGCGUUGAAGUUGUAGGAAAUCAUCCACUCAUCACUAUAGAUGGAUUUGAUGUUUCUGGUGGACUUCAUCUUCAGUGUGAAUCUAAAGGUUGGAACCCUGAACCUGAACUUGUGUGGCUGGACAGUGAAGGAGUCACUUUGACAUCUGAAACUACAAACACAAAGAGAGAGACAGAUGGAUUCAGAGUGAAACACAUGAUCACUGUAUAUAACAGAGACAGUAAAUAUCACUGUAGAGUCAAACUGAGACAUCACAUGAUGGAGACUGAGAUUAUUACAUCAAGUAAAAUGUUUAACUCUUGGAGGUCAUCAGUGAUCUUGAUUUCUGUUGGAUCUGUGCUCGGUGUGAUCGCUGGAUUACUGAUCGCUGUGUUCAUCUAUAGAUACAGAGGACUACAGAGAAAGAAAGAGAGACUACAGAGCGAAGAAAUGAGAAUAAAAAAUGAACGUGAGAGACUUUCACUGAGAGAGAAGGGGACAGUAGGAAGUUUGAAAUCACUGUUAAAGAGAUAUGCAGUGAAUGUGACUCUGGAUCCUGAUUCAGCUCAUCGACGUCUCAUUGUGUCUGAUGAUGGGAAACAAGUGAGAUAUGAAGAACAAUCAGGAACAGUGAAGGAUGGAGAUCAAAAGUCAAAUAACAAGUUUGAUAAACGUCCCUGUGUUCUUGGAAAUGAAGGAUUCACCUCAGGGUGUUUUUACUAUGAGGUGCAGGUGAAGGGGUUAAAUGAGUGGUUUGUGGGUGUGGCCAGAGAAUCUGCUGAGAGGAAAGGGUUUAUCUGUCUAAAUCCUGUGAGGGGAUUCUGGGUGGCUGGUUUGAGAGGAGAGUAUCGGGCUAGUGAGGGUACUUUAUCUGUUCCUCUUUCCUUGAGUGUGAAGCCUCAGAGAGUCGGGGUGUUUGUAGAUUAUGAGGAGGGUCGAGUCUCUUUUUAUGAUGUGGAGUCUAUGUGUCAUAUCUACACCUUUAGUAAUCAAUCUUUUAAUGAGAAACUAUAUCCUGCUUUUUAUGUCUGGUCUGUAAACUCUGCACCACUCAUCAUCUGUGAUCUCUUAUGAGAUUUGAUCUAAAUAUAUAAAUUUCCUCAAGUUAUUUGUUUAACUUGGAAUUGUAUACACAUGGUUGUGUGUCAUUUUCAGACACCUGUGAUGAUGAAUGAUGAUGGUUGUUUUUUGUCCCCUAAGAGAAAUUAGUAUCGUGCAUACAUACACGUGAUGCUGUAUAACAAUCAAACACAUUAAUAACAAUCACAGUUGUGUCAUUCAUGAGUUAAGAUCAAAAGAAAUAUUGUAGUGGUCUUAUCUUCAACAUGUGUGAUUUGUUGUCUGUUGUGAUAAGAAUACUUUUCAGAUAAAUGUUAAUAAAACUGAGGAGGUGGCCAUAGACCCCAGAUCAGUGGGAGAGAGGAGCUCUGUUGUUGUUCACAGUCAUGGCAUUAAUCAAAUUGUUUCCUAUAAAUAUUUAGGGGUCCACAUUGACAGCGAGCUUCAAAGGGUUUGUAUACAAGAGUUCAUGAGCGUCUACCCUUUUAAUUAUGAUUAUUUAGAGAAACGGUAAUGUUAUGUAUAUAUUUUACAAAGCUGCAAUAGAAUUUAUUUUGUGAUAUGAAAUUAUUGUCUGGUUUGGAAGUCUAAUGUUUAAAAUGAAAACUCAAAUAAAUAAUCUGCUGAGCGUGUCAAAGAAAAUCAUUGAAAAACAGAAGCUCAGAAGAUAUUUGUAUGCAGUUCCAUCAUACAGCAGGUUAAUAAGAUCUCUUUUAACUCUUAACAUGUGUUAAACUCUGAGUGAUGUGUAAGAGAUUUUAGGGUUCUGUUAUGUAGACAUAAUCAAUAUAAAUAUUCAUUUAUUUCACUGUAACACUGAUAAUAGACUUAUACAGUAACUCAUGUAACUAAAGGCUGUGUGUUUUAUAUUUUCUCUUUUUGCUAAUGCAUUAUAAUGGGAUUGUUUUGUAAGAAUUUUGAUUGAUCCUGACCAAAAGGUCAGCCCUUCCUGGGAACACAGCAUGGAUGCCCGAGAGUGCAGUGUGUGUGCCCUGUAGGUGCCCGAGGCAGCAAGGACAUCAAAAGAGAAUUUUUUGCAACACAACAACUUUCCUCCAGGACUCACGGCAGGGGACCAAGAACCCCAAAACACCCCUCUCGAGAACCAGAACUUUAUCUUGAAUACAGGAGACUCCCUGGAGAGUUACACUUGAUUUUCAAACACCACAUCUCCAUACAAAUGAUGGACCUGCAGACAAAUGUCUGACCCCUCUACCCCCCUUCCUUGUUACCUCCUCAACACAGGACAUUUUACAGCACACCAGAUGAUUAUGUGUAAGAAAGGUCAUAUCAAAUGUAAAUAACAGUGGAAAAUAUUCAUGUUUCAUUUCAUUACAAAGGUUUUAGCGUGACUGGUACACAGGUCUCAUUCUCACAUCAAUAAAACAAAUAGUAAAAAGGUUUAAUAGAGUUAAGAAAACUUAACCCUACCCAAGGGGCGUACACCCCACUACAAAUGUAUCCAGGACGAAGUGCCUCCCAUAGGUCUGUAAGAACCAAUCACUGCAAACUUCCAUUGAUAAAUAAUGUUUACAUAAUGUUUAUUCUAUCUGGGUAUUUAAGUAGAGCUGACAAACAUUUCAGGGAAUCUGUAUACAGAUAUCCCGCACGAUCGCUGUGUGUAGUUUGCACCGCCAGGUAACAUUUUCAAACUUUCUCAUUUCGUACCAUUAAGGUUAUUUUGUAUGAUUGGUCAAUGUAUUAUAUUACUUGAAUUGAAUAUUUGCUUUCAUAUUAUCAAAUGUUUUUACGUGAUUGAUCAAUGUAUUAUUUUGUUUGAGUUGGUUUUGAAUUGUUUAU